AUGGGGCGCAGACCGAACCCAGUCAUCGCCCAAUACUUUGAGCGUGGGCCUAAGCUCGGGGAUGCCUCCAACCGCUAUGAACACACCUGCAAGAAAUGUGGUGCCCAUUUUGCCAAAGGGCGUAUUGAGGGGCUCACGUCUCAUCUGACCAGAAAAUGCCCUUCUAUUACUGUCCCUGAGAGGACCCAGAUCGUGAUGCAGAUUCACAACCUCACCGAUCUGAAUGCUGAAUCAGAGGGAAACUCUGCAGAAGACAGCAGUCAAGAACAAUCAGCUAACCGUGACAAUGAGCCAUCAUCGCAGAACAGUCAGCAGACCUUCAAUGGUCUUAAUGUUCUGGCAGAGGCGUCGCGCCAAGUGGGUGGAAAUGCACAUAACAACUCUGGCUAUACCCCAGCAGACCAGGCUCACCUCGAAGCGGAUCUCCAAGUUUCACCGCAUAACCAUGCGCAGGGUGUGCCAGUUGACCCGCAGCUCGACACUGAGGCAUUCCCGGACCACUUUCUCAAUGAGGACGACAUGGGCGCCAGAAGCAAUGGCUUCACAACGACUACUGCACCUAGUCUUCCGGCAUUGUACCCUUUUGUGAACAAUGGUCCACCAGUAACUCAGGACGGGCUUGCUGCUCCCACUUCUACCAGCACUCAUCCACCAGACCUUAGCAGCAUCGCUGCCACUGCGAAUGAAACUCUUGCCAGUCAAUUGAUUGUUGAUGAUGAAAUCAACAUGGCGCAUGACGAAACUUCUUCAGCGCUUCUGAACGGUCUCCAGGACCAUGCUCUUUCACAAGGUCAACCACCGGCGAUGUGGUCAGCCACCCUGCCAGGAACGCAGUCUUUGGACGCAUCUAGCACUUUCGCACACUUGCCCCAAACUUUCCCGCAAGCUGCGGCCACAGCUAGACCCCGUGUCCUCCUACCUGCAAUACCUCCUCAGGCAGACCCUAAUGCUCGACCAACCCAUUUUGUUGCAGAGUCUGGUACUUUGGCCAAACCCCAGAAGCCCAAGGUGCGAGGCAGAUUUGGUGAAGAACGUCGCAAGGAAGUUCGUGAGCUACGCAAGCUUGGUGCUUGUAUGCGUUGCCGCAUGCUCAAGAAAGUCUGUUCUCAAGAGACACCUUGUCAAACUUGUGCUGCUGUGGAGACACCUCGACUCUGGAAGCAGUCCUGUGUCCGUACCAAGCUUGUGGAAGCGUUCCCACUCUAUACCCCUCUUCUUUAUGGUGUCUUUGCCCAUAACAAAAUCAGCGCGCUGAAGACUUGGUCAUCUCUCGAGGGCUUGGAGGUUCGCCUUGUGGCCUGGCAUAUGCCAGAGAAGAAGCUCAAUCUGAAGGCUCAGAGCACCAGGAUGAAGCGCUCCAAGAAUGUACAGCCGCCUGCCAGCAUGGAGGGACAAGUCAUCUUCGUCAUCAAUACAGACGACCACCUUCACAACAAUGUUGAACACUACAUCCAGGAGAUGCGUGCUCGAGUUGCGGGCCGGGAGACAUCCGAAGUGAUUAGGUCGACUUUGGCGCUGGCACAGGCCAUGGUGGAUGAGCAGCAGAUCAAUAGAUCGACGGACAAGAACGAUAAUCUCCUCGCCGAUGUCGUUGAGCUCUGGACAGCCACAGUCAUGCUCGCUGACCUGGAAUUCCAACCAAGCUUUCUGCUGGAAGGUGAUGCCACUCACGACGACCUGUUGCUCGAGGGCGAUACAUACCGCUGUGCUCGCAAAAUCAUGACUUUACAGCUUCAAUCCAGUAUUGAAAAGCGGGCGAAUAAACUGGGCCGGGUAGUCAUGAACCACCUUGAACAACGGGUGCUCGAACGCAAUCGCAACCAAAGUGUCGAGACUGCCUUGGUGGCAUUCAUCAUGCUCAACUGUGCAGAGCGCAUGUGUUGGCUGUUCCGUUACUGGUCGGACGACAAUAGAAGAGCAAAUGCAUGGCCUCUCCGACUUCCGGCCGGGGAAUAUGCAGACAAAGGCGAACGCUUUGCGGAGGUCAUCCACCUACUUCUCAGCCUCAGACAGUUGGAACCUACCAUCGUUGUCGACCCGGUCUCUGGAUUCUUUGUUCCUCGCGAUCCCAAAAACACCGCUCUGGCCAUGUGGCUCUCUCAUGUUGGAUUCACCAGAGAGUGGAUGACGCAGAGCACAAAUACCGUGUUUGAUGCCACCAACUUCAGAUCUUUGGACGGAAGCUUGUGCGCUCGUCUCCUCCAAGGUUAG